AUGUUAGUAGAGCGACAAAAAGGCAAUAUCUUAUCUCAAUUGAAGCUGAUAGAAAUGUCAUCUUCCAAAGCGGAAAAAACCCAACUUAUGAACACUCUGAUUGAACAGCAGAAACGUUUCAAUCAAUUGCUGAGACUCAAGGUGGCGCAACAUAAUGAAUUCAUCUCCAGGCUACAAUCUAGAAUAUUACGACUGAGUAUAAUAGAUCAAAAUGAUAUCAGGCCUCUCGGUAAAGCGACGACGGAAAAUGUUGCUCAGGACAGACCUACAUUCUACAAAGAAGAAAUCAAUCUUAUGAUUAUCGACUUUUUACUGAAAACAUCUUAUUUGAAUCGUUCUCAAUCACAGGAACUUAACGCGGGAGUCAUGCUUGCUAAAAAAUUAGGUUUGGAAAAACAGGUCGAUUAUGAUGUGAUAUUGCAAGGACUGGAGAUCUAUAACCAGAUCAAAAUCCAUAAGAAUUUGAAAGUGCUCAUGAAUUGGUGUACGGAAAACAAGAGGAGUUUGAAGUCGAUUCAAACAUUGAAUAACUCUGAUUCUAGUUUGGAGUUCGAAACAUAUUUUCAAAGCUUCAUUGAGAAUAUUAAACUCGGAAAGCUUCCCGAUGCGCUGGAAGUUGCAAAUUCGUAUCUUAUCAAUUUCCUGGACAUAAAUGCCCGCGGCAAUCUGAACCAAAUUGCUUCUGGGGCAGCAUUACUGUGCUGGAAUCACGACAGUUUCAGGAACGUAUUUGCUCAAUCAUCGAAAACAGGGGGGCUGAAGUCUUCAAGCUUUUACGAUCAGAAUGUGCACAUGAUGAACCAAAUCGAGAAGAACGUAUCUCAUUACAAUGACCUAUUGGAAGAUUUGAAAUGGACAAAGCUAGCUAAUUUUUUUCUUUUCAACUUCAAUUCCCUAUACGGCAUUGAACAAAGUCCUGAGUUGCUGCUUUUACUCAGCAUUGGCUCUAUUGCGUUGAAAACGAGAUCAUGUGCCCACGAAAUCAACGAGAUAGUCGAUUCAGAACAUAUAAGCUUUGAAAGUUACUUGAAGGAGAAUUUGAGUAUGGGGGCUCGCUCAGGGAUCAGCAAUGAGUGUCCAAUUUGCUCUACUGAUCUUUUCGAAUUGACGAGCCAUCUCCCAUUCUCACAUCAGGUGAAAUCAAACAUUUACGACAAUUCGGUCAUGCUUCCGAAUGGGAAUGUUUACCAAUACGAGAAACUUAUGUUGAACAACUGGAAAUUAAGCCAAGAUUCAGUUUUGGAGUCCUCUGGCAGUGGUUCAAUGAGAUCAGCAUCUGCAUUCUUGACGAGUUUGCAAGCAUCUGAUGAUGUCGAUAGGCAAGAAGAACACGCAAGCUUGCUAGGAAGUCAUAAAAUUGUGGAUCCUCUGACAGGACAGUCUUUUAGAAGGGAGCAGAUUGUAAAAGUUUAUCCUACGUAA